UGUCGAUCAACAAUCUGAUCUGCUGUCUGGCACUCCUUCGGAGUUCUCUUCUCCCUCUAGUCCUCGUAAAUCAAUGGCGCAGAUUCCGACUCCUCCUGCCUCCCGCCACGGUUCACCUUUGCUGGAGGAUGAACUCAAGGAAUUAAAGAUCGAACAGCAACAGCCGACGAAUCAAUUGCAGGUGCUGGACGAGCUGCUCGAGCGAUAUCUCUACCUACUAGACCAGCAUCAAAAACUGCAAGCCGACCUCGGUGCCCGGCUGUCCUCGGGAUUCAUCUCUCUUGCGCACGCGAAUUAUACAUGUCCACCUGGGCGAAGAUACGGAGCAGAUUACUAUGAUGAACGCAUGAAGGCGACAAGGAGAGUGAAACUACAAGCUGGCCUCGACUCGACCCAGGAGCAGAACUUGACUGAGAAGGAAGAGCCCGCGGAGAAAAGCACUACCUCAAACGGGAGAUUCCAGCAUACCUUCUCCAUCGAACCCAUUACAAUCGAGCAGCCGGAGGACCAAUCCGAGACGGAUGACAAAAGCGAUUCCUCUUCAGGGGAUGAGACUGCGCAGGCACGCGACGAUAAGAACGAAGUGACAGGGGAAAUCAGCAACCGAGCUGUCGACUCCGCAGCCGCGGCGGAGUCUUCUCAAGCAGGAGCGGAGACAGAUGCGAAGUCAAAGAAAGCGAAAAAGCGAUUCCGUUCGUCGGACCCAAUCUACUGGUACGGGAUCUUGGUGCCCCUUUCUUUGCGUAGCGCCCAGAAGUCGUUCACCGAAGCCGUCGAGGGUCAAAUCUCGGAAUUGGCCAAUGUUGUUGUUGAGAUGCGCACGGUGGAGAAGCAGGUCCAGCAGGUACGAAGUGCGCUAGGCCAGGCAUAAGUGAACAUGUUCUCUCGCAGACAACACAAAUUCAACACGGACGCCGAAGGAUGGAGCAGGGUAAAUGGACGAGCGAGCUAUGGACUUGUUCUAAAGGAGCUCUAGAAGACCUCUGCUCCACCUUCAAUUAACUCCCAAGAACCGAGGAGACAUGGUCGGAUCUCACCAGUGGUCAGUUCUGUAGCACGGUAGUCCCAGCCUAUUUUUGUAAAUAAGAAUAGAGUACGGUAGGUUGUGUAGUGUUGAGGGGGUCUUCUUGAUAAAAAG